AGCCCGAGUCUCAUGAGAGUCACUUAUGUUUCUGCAACGCACUGCUGCUGCUGCUAAAGCCACCACUAGAUGCCCACUGACCUGCAGACUAAGAUCGAACCCUGAGGACACCCAGCAGGACAUGGAGCCAAACUAACUGAAUGAAGAAUCUCUCCUUCCCUAUUUGCACCAGGAGAGCUUUUUUAUAGCUGAACACAUUGAGUUCCUAAGUCAGCAACAUUGAAAGUCAUGGUCCUCUCGCUGCACUGGCUCCUGCUACUGUGGGGACUUCAAGGUCUUUUGGCUCAGGAGUAUGAAGAAGACUACGAGGAAGAGGUGGUGACCACUAAGAAGAAGAAGACCAAACUAAAUCCAUCCAAUGUAGUACCUCAAAAUGGCAAAUCUAUCGUUAGCGAAGAAUGCAAUUUGGAGCUAGCCUUUCUGAUCGACAGCUCAGAGAGCGCCAAGGACAACCAUGCCCAGGAGAAGCGCUUCGCCACCGAAGUGAUGGACCGGCUGCAGAACCUGCGGCUGCAGACGGGCCAAGGCCUCAGGUCCCGGGCGGCCCUCCUUCAGUACAGCAGCCACGUAAUCGUAGAGCAGACCUUCAGGCAGUGGAAGGGCAUUGAUGACUUUAAGGCUAGAAUCGCUCCCAUCGUGUACAUCGGCCACGGCACCUACACCACCUUCGCCAUCACCAACCUCACCCGCAUAUACCUGGAGGAGUCAGAGCCCACCAGCAUCAAGUUGGCUGUUCUUCUCUUCGACGGCAUCUCUCACCCAAGGAACCCCGACAUAUCUUCAGCCGUGGCCGACGCCAAGAACCAGGGCGUCCGCUUCUUCACCGUGGGCAUCACGCCUGAAGCCAACCUGCCCGCCAAUAUGGCUCAGCUACGGCUAAUUGCUAGCUCGCCGUCCUCGCGCUACCUUCACAACCUGCAGGACAAAGGGGUUGUGGAUAAAUUCAUUAAAGAGAUUACGGCGUUGGCGGAUGAAGGGUGUCCAAUGGCCACGAGCCAGUGUGAGUGCGAGAAGGGUGAGCGGGGACCCAGCGGCCCCCCUGGGAAGAAGGGUCGUCCUGGAGAAGAUGGAAGGCCUGGCUUAAAAGGAAUGAAGGGUGAAAGUGGGCUCAGUGGACUUCCGGGUCGUGAAGGAGCAGAGGGAAAGUCGGGAUACAAAGGAGAGAAGGGAGUGAGAGGGGAGUGUGGAACACCUGGAAUUAAAGGAGACAGAGGUCCUGAAGGUACCAUCGGGCCAAGAGGAAACCGUGGACUUCAGGGUUCCAUUGGUCCACCUGGCGAUAUUGGACCUGAAGGUAUAAUGGGUAAAAAAGGGGAAAGGGGACUUUUGGGGCCACCUGGAAUCCAAGGGGAAACAGGGAUUGGCCUUCCGGGGCCCAAGGGGGAUGUCGGUUAUCAGGGGCAGAGCGGCGCUCCUGGCCCUCCGGGACUUGGCGAACAUGGACCACCGGGGCCUCAAGGGCCACAAGGAGUCCCAGGAGAGAGAGGACUGACAGGAGAAGGUUUCCCUGGACCAAAGGGGGAGCGAGGCUUGGACGGGCCGCGGGGACUGAGAGGACAGCCGGGCGCCGGGAUCAAAGGAGACAAGGGGGAUUUUGGUGCUCCCGGUCUUCCAGGGCCACUUGGCCUCCCAGGAGCCGGCAUACAGGGCGAGAAGGGAGUCGAAGGACCAAGAGGGCCACCAGGGGGGAGAGGCCAACGAGGGGAGGGCUUCCCUGGAUCCAAGGGUGACCAAGGUUUGCCGGGCGAGGUCGGCGCCCCAGGAGAGAGAGGGGCCGGAGAUGCUGGAGCUAAGGGCGAACCAGGAUCUACGGGGCUGUCUGGUUUGCCAGGUCUGCCGGGGGAGGACGGGGCCCCUGGACAGAAGGGCGAGUCAGGACCUGUCGGUCUCAGGGGGUUAGAGGGAGCACCUGGAAUCGGCACCCAGGGCGAAAAGGGCGACCAAGGCCAAAGAGGAAUACGGGGCCUGGCGGGUCCACCUGGCAUUGCCGGACCCUCCGGACCAAAGGGAGAACCAGGGACACAAGGAAGGGGGGGUUUACCUGGUCCACCGGGCCGCUUUGUCUCCGGACCCAAGGGGGAUCUUGGCCCGAGUGGACCGCCAGGUCCAUUGGGCGAGACUGGCUAUGGACUUCCCGGUCCAAAGGGGGACCGUGGAGACUCAGGCCCAGCAGGUCCAUUUGGUCCCAAAGGAGACGGCUAUCCGGGCCCCGUGGGCCCUCCUGGUCUGCCUGGACUUCCAGGAGAACCUGGCCAGGAAGGACUCGGCAUCCCCGGACCAAAGGGUGAUGUUGGUUUCCGAGGGUUACCUGGUUCACCGGGACCACCGGGCGAAGGCCUCCAAGGACCUCUGGGUAACCCUGGGCGACCUGGCGCUCCAGGGCCAACAGGGCCACCAGGACAAGGAGUCCAAGGACCAAAGGGUGAACAGGGGACUCAGGGCGUGACCGGGCCAAGGGGGAUUCCUGGAGAAGGCUUUCCUGGAGCUAAAGGGGACCGCGGCUCGUCAGGAGAGAGGGGGCUGAAGGGAAUCAAAGGAGAAUUUGGAGAUUCUGGAACUGAGGGGAAACCUGGCCGACCUGGGGACAAAGGUGAAGCCGGUCUCACUAGAGAGGACAUCAUACGGAUGAUCAAAGAGAUCUGUGGAUGUGGGAUCAAGUGCAAGGAGAAGCCCAUGGAGCUGGUGUUUGUUAUUGACAGCUCGGAGAGCGUUGGCCCAGAGAACUAUGAGAUCAUCAAGGACUUUGUGAACGCGCUGGUGGACCGAAUCACUGUGGGCCGCAACGCCACCCGUAUCGGCCUAGUGGUGUACAGCCUGGAGGUGAAGCUGGUGUUCAACUUGGCCCGCUACGCCACCAAACAGGACAUCAAGCAGGCUAUCAGGAACAUCCCAUACAUGGGAGAGGGCACCUACACUGGCACGGCCAUCCGGAAAGCCACCCAGGAGGCCUUCUACAGCUCCCGUGUGGGGGUCAGCAAAGUCGCCAUCGUGAUCACUGACGGGAAGACUGACAAGCGGGAGCCCGUGAAGCUGGAACUAGCUGUACGAGAAGCACACGCCGCCAACAUUGAGAUGUUCGCCCUGGGCAUUGUGAACAGCUCAGACCCAACGCAGAAGGAGUUCAUGAUGGAGCUCAAUCUGAUCGCCUCCCACCCAGACACAGAGCACGUGUUUCUCAUUGAUGACUUCAACACCCUGCCAGCGCUGGAGUCCAAGCUGGUCAGCCAGUUCUGUGAGGAUGAAAAGGGAGCCGCGAUAUUCAACGGACUGACUAACGGCUACAACGGCUAUGGGAACAACGGCAAAAACGGCAAUUACGCCGGCGGUGGCUACGAGUACCGGCCCGGGACCACCUACACCGGGUCGAUCAUCCACACCGACGGAGGCCGUGUCGACACCACCCUCCAUGUCAGCAAAGGCUCCAGCACAGUACACGGAGGAGGGGGGCAGAACGUGUUCACCGACACACACGUGGGAACCGAGCGUGGAGACACAUUCAAUCGCAACACCUCAGUCAUCAGGAUUCCUGCCACAGAGGACUCCUCCAGUACGCAAGGCUCUUCCUCAUCUUCGUCGUCUUCUUCCUCUAAAAUAAUUACCACAUCCUCCUCAGGCGUGUCCGUACAACAUGAGCCUACGCCGAGGCCAGCGCUCCCCAAAGAGACUGUACCCCUGGAUCCCCGCUGCGUCCUGGUUCUGGACCAGGGCACGUGUCGGGAUUAUAACAUCCGCUGGUACUAUGACAAGCAGGCCAAUGCCUGCGCCCAGUUCUGGUACGGAGGCUGCAACGGCAACCGGAACCGCUUUGACACGGAGGAUGAGUGCAAGAGGACGUGUGUGAGAGUCUGAUCCACCGGAGGCCAAGUGAAGGCAUCUGCCUUACAUCUGCUAUAAAUACUUCAAAGAGGUGCAGCUAACAACAGCCAUUUUUCCACAGGGUUAUGUCAAGUCUCAGCACAGUGCUCUGGCAUAUACAUGUACAGGGAUGUUACGCAUCGCGGUUACAUUUUAGUUUCCAUUCUUUGUGCCCACUCUUGUGCGACUUUUUGUAAAACGAUCCUGCUUUACAGUAAAAAGGGAGCCCAGCUCUGUUAGACACCUCUGCUUUUCUGUAUUUUUAUACCAGAUACUACAGAUGAGCACUCUGUCCACAGUGCCCAGGGACCUCACGCACACCUCAUACACAGUCUGUGAGGGCUGCAGAGAUUGUGAAAAAACUAGCCAAUGAAAAUGCCUUUUCAAAGUCAAAAUGGUAAACUACAUUAUUAGUCAAUAUGUCAUGAAGCUGUGGCUUUCUUUACUCAAUCACUCAAGGGUGUGUAAAUGUAUAACCACAAGAGCCAAUAAUCCACAAAUAAAACCUCUCUUCAUUUAUAAUAAUAAAAUAUAUUUUGUUCUUUUUCAUGUACAAAUGACUGAUCCGCUGUAACCUCAAGGAAUAAUUGUGUUUGCUUGAAUGUGUUAUUUGUUUUUGAUUUUCUGAAUGAAAAUGUGAGGUUUUCUGUUUUACAUGAUCGCAUUUACUUACCACUAACUGUCUCCAUUUGUUCAGCAGUAAACCGAUGCCCUCUACUGGGCAACACAUGCUGAAGUCGGUACUGCAGUGUGAGAAACUAAAAUUGUACUUCUAUUGUUGAGCAACAGGUUUGUCACUACAUUACCUAAUUGUAUCAAUCCAUAAUGUGCUCUUACAUGGUUUCAUUUUAAAUAAAUCUUGCC